AUGUCCUUCUUUGAGUGUCGAAAGAAUUCGAUUGAAGGACUUGUCGCAUUGAUAUACCGCCUCCUCCGCAGAGAUGAAACCGAAGAUCCUAUCAUCAAGUGGUUCAGCAAGCCUAUGGCUCAUCAGGACCAAGGUCCCUUCAAAGAUGAACUCUUUGAUAUCGACUCCUUCAUAAUCUCAGAAAUCUCCCGCCGUAUCAAGGACGUUUUCGGGUCUGACAGCAAUAUUCGGAAUUCUCAGUCUAGUGAUGGAGAGAGCACUAGCCUUGAUGACGAGAAUGACGAGCACAACGGCGACGAUGAUGACGACCCUUUGCAGAACGAGGUCGACGGCAAUGACCUAGGAGAACACAGCGCUGAUUUCGAUACUCCUUUCGAUGAGGAUUUCUGCAUUCAGUUCCAGAACUCUAACCCUUUCCUUCACUCUAGCCUUAGCAGGCCAAAUACAGAUAGCUCAUAA